AUGGCCACUGAAACGACUGCAGUUUUGCCGAUGACCAACGAUGAAGAAUGUGAUGAGCGGGGGAUAAGGAAGCGUUCCGAGGGCGCAGAAAGUUCCGCAAAAAGGGCUAUCGUGCAUCUGCGUGGUGGCGCUGUCACUCAAGUCCCCAGCGGCAUGUUCCGUCAACUGGCAGCUGAUGGUGGAAGUAGUAACGUUGGGCAACUCGCUGUCUUCAACCGCGGACAGCGUGAGCGCAUUCCAAUGCAAUACCAGCUGCUAUCCGCCUUGAAGCGGCGGCCGCUGCAGGAGCAUCCGCGUCUCGCCGGCGGACGACCAACUGGCUGGAGGACAGUCCAUGCUCCGGGGAAGCUCAUCCGGCGGCGCGAGGGAAUUACAGGAUAG